CUUGCUCCUCUCUUCCAAACCCAAACAAUUUUGGUUUUUCAUUUCGCCGGCUGUCCACCGCCAUCACCCCACCAUCAUCGAACAUGGCUGCCUCCUGUUUCCUCACUCUUCGAUCCUCCGUCACCAAACCCUCCAACAGGCCCUUCUUCUUCAACCCCAUCAAGAACUUCGGGCAAUCAACCCGAGGGAACCAUAGAGUGGAAGAGAGGGCACCGUCAACAGCUGAGGAAUUCCAGAGAGUUGCAGAGGAGAAAGCAAGGGAAUCCAAGGAGGGAAUAGCAAGCCAAACAACAGAAAGGACCUAUGAUGCAGCAGAGGAAGCUGCCAGGGUUGACUCCAACGUUGGAUCAGUGAAGAACAGGUACAAGGAACAUGAACCUGACACUGAUUACCGCAGGACUGGAAAUUAGAAAGCUGUGUGUGAAGCAGCAACAAUAAGAGAAUGUCUUUGUUUUCAACAGCCUGUCCUAUUUUUUUUUUCCCUCAACUUUUUCUUGUGUUAGAAGAAAUCAAACCCCUUUUAUUACUUUAAUUGGUCUUCAUAUUUUCUGAUCUUAAUGAUUCAUAUGGGAUUAUUAUGCCAGUUGGUGGUGAGUUUACUGAUCACGGGCUGAGAAAAAUUGUUUAAAAGUAGUUUUAAUUUUGUUGUAUGAGAGAGCCUUUCUCUGCCAUAAAUAUAUAUUGCUUUCGUGGUCCUGGCCUGUCAAAAUAAAGUACACAACUCA